GGAGUGAAGGGCAGGGAGGGGAAAGCGCCUUCAAGAAAUCACCUAAACGAGUUGUCAGAGCCUCUGAAAAAGGACCGGAUGGAAUAGAUUACUUAUUUGCUAGAAGAUUCUGGUGUAAAAUAUGUUUUGUAUCACUGUUUGAGUUCACUGGGUAGCUAGCUGGCACACGUGUGUCGCUAUUGUCUGGGUGUUUUUUUUAAGUGUAGAACCCAGGAAAACUUAAAACAUAAUUGACAAAUCGUCGGAAAAAGUGGAACACACGGUAAACUUUACUAUUUUGAUCUCAGGUGAAAGUCGUACGAUCAAGUAUUCGGGCUGAUUUCUUAGUCCGCUCGCGGUUUUUUUUUUUUUUUUUUUAGCUUCUUAGCUCUUUUAGCCACUUUUACCAGUUAGAGGGGAGUUUCUAGAAACGGCCGCACCAGAAGUUACGGGAAAGACGAUUUGUCUGCAAUCUGCCACAAUGUUGUCGAAUACAAUAAACCCCAAUCAGCCAGGAUUUUCCCAUUUCCCAAAUUUUCACGGGAAACCAACGCUGCAAAUAAAGAAAAGUGCCAUAACCGAAGACUACAAAGUCACGAGUCAAGUCCUUGGUUUGGGUAUUAAUGGUAGAGUAUUGGAAAUAUUCCAAAAGAAAAAUAAACAAAAAUACGCAUUAAAGAUGCUGCAGGAUUGCCCAAAGGCUCGGCGUGAGGUGGAGUUACACUGGCGGGCCUCGGCAUGCAAUCACAUCGUACACAUCGUGGAAGUCUAUGAGAACCUCUACCAAAACAAGAAAUGCCUGCUGAUUGUCAUGGAGUGCAUGGGGGGCGGGGAGCUUUUUAGCCGCAUUCAGGACAGAGGGGACCAAGCCUUCACUGAACGAGAGGCCUCUGAAAUCAUGAGGAGUAUCGGGGAGGCUAUCCAGUUCUUACACAGCCAUGACAUUGCACACCGAGACGUCAAGCCGGAGAACUUGUUGUAUACCACCAAGAGGCCCAACGCGCUCCUCAAACUGACAGACUUUGGGUUCGCUAAAGAAACUAUCGUUCACAAUUCACUGGCCACCCCAUGCUACACUCCCUACUAUGUAGCUCCUGAAGUUCUUGGACCAGAAAAGUAUGACAAGUCAUGUGAUAUGUGGUCCAUAGGCGUCAUCAUGUACAUUCUGCUCUGUGGGUACCCCCCUUUCUAUUCUAAACAUGGUCUGGCCAUAUCUCCUGGGAUGAAGAAACGAAUUCGAAUGGGGCAGUACGAGUUCCCCAACCCAGAGUGGCAGGAAGUCUCUGAUGAAGCAAAGCAGUUGAUCCGGCACCUGCUAAAAACGGAACCGACACAGAGAAUGACGAUAAUGGAGUUCAUGAACAACCCCUGGAUCAAUCAAUCGAUGGAAGUGCCACAGACGCCCCUCCAUACCAGUCGGGUGCUGAAAGAGGAGAAGGACACUUGGGAGGAAAUCAAGGAGGAGAUGACCAGCGCACUGGCAUCGAUAAGAGUCGACUACGACCAAAUUAAAAUCAAGGACAUUGACGAAUCUUGCAACCCGCUGCUGAGGAGGAGAAAGGCUUUGCUGGCCACAAAUACCCCAGCAGGAAAGACGCCAGUGACGACCGCGCCAGCUCUGAAGAUGCCAGCUGCCCCUUGAGGGACUGCACGCGUGCAUGCAUACACACAUGUGCGCACACGCAUUUGUGGAAAUGUACUCACACGUACAUGCGGAUGUUUAUACGUGUGUUCACACGCAUCACAGGCGGCUGCUUAGGUAGCCCAUAAUCACAGCAGUAAACCAAUUAUAUGAAAUGAUAAAAAGCAUGUUUAUUUUUUAAAUUUUAUGUUUUUACUUUUCAACAAUUUUUUUUUUUUUUUAUUACAUUCUUACCAAGCAUACUCUUCGCUCAAAUCAGAAAGAUAUUUUAAGCAAAAGUAAGAUUAAAAAAGAAUAUCAGUCUCUGAAUAUAGCAGGGUAUGUCAGUUGCACUGCCUGAAAACACAAGAACUGGCUCUCCAUGUCAAACCAUCAAGUUAUGUAGGUUGACCAGUUCUUAAUAAAGAAGUGUUUUUAAAUGUCAGUCGUCUGUAUACUUUUUAAAUAAUAAACUCCAAAUGUAGUUUUCUACCACAAAACUAUUUUUGUACGACUGAAGGCGGAGUUCUUGUUGACUUUUUUUUUUCCUUCCCCCAGGUAUUUUUGCAAGUAAAGGUCUUUGUGUUCUGUUCCUGAUUGACACAUCUUGAAGUCCACGAUAAUGUCUAACUAAUACAAUUUGUUACUGCUAACCCUAGAACUCGAGCAGUUUUGUUUUUGUGUUUUAACUCCAUGAUUGGUGGGUUCAGUAUGUUUGGUCUAGUAAAUGUUUGUUUUUCUUAUGUGUUGUUCACCACAUAGUUUGUGGUCAAAUUACGGCUUUAUGUAACUGCUUUGUGAUUAUACCAUCAAAAGUAUUGUGUUUCACCCAUGUAAAGUUACAACUUUAAUUUCUUGGUGAAAUUAGAAUAUUUGCCUAAAGGAAUUUUGCCCUGACAUUUUGUGUUGAAUAUUUCUAGUUUGAAUACAUGUUUUGAGAGAAAAAAAAACCUACCAUUUGAUUAGUUUCAAAACUUAACCCAGUUUUACAGUCAGCUCCAUGUCUGUCUGCCACUGUCUGUAUGCUCUCGCCCCCAUUUUAAGGUAGCUCAUUGUCCAUGGUACUGAAAAUGUUUUUAACUGUUUAUUUUAAACUGAUUUUCUAUCAUAUUAGAAUUUCUGCAAGUGUUUUUUAUAACCAUUGUCAUCCCCAGAAGACUUUCACGGAUAUUGCAAAGCACAGCUUUCCUUUUCUUCCCACUCAUAUCUGUUAUGUCUUAUAAGAACCACUUUAGUUCAAACUCCUGAGACUAUACUUGCAUUAGAAUAAAAUGGUUCAAAUUAAAAUGUCUCUUUUUAA